AGCCUCAUUGCAGUCACGUGACUCCGGUAUGGUAGAAUACGGGAAGUUCUUUACCUUCAUUGUCAGUCAGUACUAGGAGCGACGAGAAAGAGGAAGUCUGUGUGUACUGCUCAUUCACAGUAGGUUCCCUAUAUUCUGUAUUUCGGCUGUUAUAGAAGUAUGUUGCCAAGGGACCAAGAAGGUGAAACCAUCUCUGUGUGGGUGCGAGACCCUAAAGUACAGAAAGAAGAUUGGCAUUCUUAUGUGGAUUAUGAAAUCUGUGUUCAUACAAACAGUAUGUGUUUCACUCUGAAAACUUCAUGUGUAAGAAGAAGGUUUCGGGAAUUUGUAUGGCUCCGACAAAAGCUCCAGAGCAAUGCUGUAUUAACUCAACUACCAGAGUUGCCUCCCAGAAUCCCAUUUUUUAAAAUCAGUAAUAGUCAAAAUUUGGAGCAUCGUGUCCGUGGAUUGCAAGAGUUCCUAAACAAGGUUUUGCACUGCUCGGUUCUGCUCUCUGACAGCCGGCUUCACCUUUUCCUACAAACCCAGCUAAGUACAGAAGAAAUUGAUGCCUGUGCAUCGGGGAAAACAGAAUAUUCAGUUUUUGAAGCCAUUCACAAGUUUGCCAACUCGAACCGGCGGUUUCCUGCGGAAGAGGAAGAGAAAACAAGUCAUUACUUAGAUCCCGAGAGUUCAUCCUCCAAGCUUGGACACAAGUGUGAUGGUCAUUUCCUGCAAGGAUGCAAUCUAGACAAAGAUCACAAAGAAAUAUGGACUACUAUUCUGCCUCCAAAGUAGUUUGGGCUCAUUUCUUGCUCUUAAAUGUUCAGUAUUAAUACCCAAGUAUGGAAACUGUAAGGGCUUUCAUUUUGGCAUAGUGCGGUCUUAAUUGCCCAACACUGGCACAGAUACCCAGCUACAGCAAUUCCAAUGUACUUAAAGGGAACAGCAUUUUAAAUAUGUUAUCAAACAAAUGAAGGUUAAUUAAAAUAAGUGCUUCAUUAGUAGGUUUAUAGCAUUUAUAGUAUGUGUCACAUCAUGUGUGUUGGCAGAAGCUCCUGGCACUGUAGGUGUUCUGGGGGCUGUCUUUCCUUGCCCCCCACUCCAUUGGAAGAGGCGAAUGGAGAUCUGCUGUAGCUCACGCUAUUUAUUUUACAGCUAGCAUCCAUCGUCAUUUUCUGGCAGCGUCACAGCAGAUGCCGGGGAGGUGCCGUGUAAAUCUGCACAAGAAAGAAAACACUAGGAGCCAAACAGCAUUUUUUUAACUUUAUAAAUGUCAGGGAAGUUUUUAUACAGAACUUUCCCUUAAAUUAAAUGUUUUUCCUUCUGCGUUUAGAAACCUGGUCUGUUUACUGUAAUAGAAUCCAUUUUUUUCUUUAAAUAUGAGCUAUAUAAGACAUAAUCUGGAAUGGAGCCUUGAAUCAUGUACCCUGUAGUGGCUUAGAUAACUACUGAAUUAGCCUGAAUUUAGCCACCACUGGGGUGUUUCACAGAGACCUUGCACUUUCCUUUGACAAACAGCACCCAUUCCUUUCUUCUUAAUAUACACCACUUAAACUUCAAUAACUAUGCAUUGGGGAUAUUAAAACCUUUCUGUACUGUCACUUGUUUGUGAAUAUUACAUGCACUUUAGGGCUGCCCCCAUGCAAAGCCAAUGAAAUGUUUUGUCCAAAUUAUUUCAUUUUUUGUUUGCAUUCUUGCUUUAUUACUGUGAUUUAUUUUUGCUGCUAUUGCUGACUUAAUGUAUCAUUUGUUUUUUUUCUGUGUAAGCCAUUAUAAACUUUGUAUGUCACAUCAAAUAAAAACUGUAUACAAUUAAUGUAGUUUUAAAUUA